GGCGCGUCGGUGGGGGAAAGCGAUAAUGCACACGCUGUAAAAGUUAAUAUUCGGCAAUGCUCGGUCCGUUUCUAACAAAGAGAUCAUGGCGGCGGUGGGCAUGUUUCACACAGCUAAGUUGCUAGCUAGCCCGUUAGCUCGAAUGAGUCAGAAAGAGAUGUGGAGUUGGAGGAAACGAAUGAGAUCUGUUAUGCAUCCACGGGAAAAACUAGCGUAAUAAUGUUGAGCAGAUUACCAGUCAUCAAACUGUACGCGAUUGGACAUUGGAUGGGUGAUCUAAAUGACUAUGGAAGCUGCUGCAGAGGUCCAGCAGGGCGGCGACACUGCUGUUUCUGAGACAGAUACCCAGCACAUCGCCACCUUGGCACAGGUACAGUCCUACCUCUCCAUGUGUGGACUGCAGGUGUCCAUGGCAGCGGGACAAGCGAGCGCCAGCGGACCCACGGUCACUCUGGUCCAGCUGCCCAACGGGCAGACGGUGCAGGUGCACGGAGUCAUCCAGGCCGCACAGCCCUCCGUCAUCCAGCCCCCGCAAGUGCAGACAGUACAGAUUUCUACUAUAGCUGAGAGUGAGGACUCCCAGGAGUCUGUGGACAGUGUGACUGACUCCCAGAAGCGCAGAGAAAUCCUGUCUCGACGGCCCUCCUACAGGAAGAUCCUGAAUGACCUGUCGUCGGAUGCUCCGGCUGUUCCGCGGAUAGAAGAGGAGAAGUCUGAGGAAGACUCCGCCCCCGCCAUCACUACAGUUACCGUGCCCACGCCCAUCUAUCAAACUAGCAGCGGCCAGUACAUUGCCAUCACUCAAGGUGGGGCGAUUCAGUUGGCCAAUAACGGCACGGACGGCGUACAGGGCCUGCAGACGCUGACCAUGACCAACGCGGCGGGUGCCCAGCCGGGCACCACCAUCCUACAGUACGCCCAGACCAGCGACGGACAGCAGAUACUUGUACCCAGCAACCAGGUGGUUGUGCAAGCUGCGUCCGGCGACGUCCAGGCCUACCAGAUCCGCACGGCCAACACCAGCGCCAUCGCCCCCGGUGUCGUCAUGGCGUCGUCCCCCGCUCUCCCCAGCCAGGGUGCCGAAGAGGCCACGCGCAAGAGGGAGGUCCGCCUCAUGAAGAACAGGGAGGCAGCGCGGGAGUGCCGUCGUAAGAAGAAGGAGUACGUGAAAUGCCUGGAGAACCGCGUGGCCGUGCUGGAGAACCAGAACAAGACCCUGAUCGAGGAGCUGAAGGCCCUCAAGGACCUGUACUGCCACAAGUCUGAGUAGGAGCCUGCAGGGGGCGCUCUGGAGCCGCCCGAGACAGAGACUCACACAGGCACGCCAGACACACUCCUCCUUUUCUAAUUCUCUCGCUUUCUUUUAGUUUUUUUUUUUUUUUUUUUUUUUUUUUUUUUUAAAGAACACCACAAUAAUGGUCUUUAUGGAAAUGAACAGAAAUUGGUUGUGAGUUAGGAAAGCGAGAAAGGGAUGGAGGGAGGCACAUAUGAGAGGAGGAGGAGAAGGAGGAAACCUAUGAGCUGUUAGUCCUCUAUACUAAUGAUGAGGCAGGGUGCUGUUGUUUUAGAUCAUGAUGAUGUGAAGAGGAUUGUGUUUAUUUGGCCUGUAAGUCUCUCUCUCUCUCUCUCUCUCUCUCCCUCUCUCUCUCUCUCUCUGACUGAGGGGGUGGAAUCCCAGAGACAUCCCCCUCCAAAUGAAAAUCAAUGGCAACAGAACCACUCUGCAGAGGCUGUAUGUGUGUGUGUGUGUGUGUGUGCAAAAGAGAGAAAGACAAUGGGUUCGUCAGAAUGUGUGUCUGUUGGUGUCGAAAUAGGUCCACUCAGAUUUCAAAGGUCUGCUGAGACCUGCCAUUCUGGCCUCUUUGGCUGAGGGGAAGUGUGUGUGUGUGUGUGUGUGUGUGUGGGGAGGAGUGUAUUAUACUGAACAGCAAGAGUCAGGGCUCUGCCAUGCGUCCCCAGCCCUCAGUGCUCUUAUGGAUGGGACAGGUGGCCAUUUUGGAUCAGUCCCAUCUGGCUUCAGAAGCAUCAGUGCUGUUAAAGAGAGAGACAGACAGACAGAAAGACAGAUGGCCAUUUUGGCUCAGUCCUAUCUGGUUUCAGAAGCAUCAGUGCUGUCAUAGGGAGAGACAGACUAACAGACAGACGGACAUUUUGGAUCAGUCCCAUCUGGUUUCCUUGCGUUGGGUACUGGUGUUGGGGGCUGUGUGCUCUACAGGUUCCUAAAUCGCUCUUGUUUUAAUGCCUGUGUUACUAACACUUAACUCUACUUUGUUUAACUGCAAUCAGAUAAGAAUCAUGUACUCUCUUAAUCUCAGUUGCUUCUUAUGGACCCUAUGGUUUCUUUUUUUUGUUUUGUUAUUUGCCUGUAUUGUAUGUUCUUUUGAUGAAAAGAAAAAAAAAAAAAACGCAACAUUGCUUUUGUUACGAUGUUACAAGCGCUGUGCUCCAAGGUGUGUAUAGGGAGGGGUUGGGUUGGACGGGGAGGGCAUUGUUUUUUUGUUUUGUUUUUUUUCCCGAGUGUUUGGGCAGUCCACAUUAGAACCACCACUGCAGCAGAUGCAGCCAAUCACAGAACCAGCAGAGAACCGCAGCGUGCGCGCACACACACACAUACACACAGACACACACACACACACACACACACACACACACACACACACACACACACGCAC